CUUAUGAACAUUUAACCGACAUUUUCUGACACAGAUACAGCAGGUUCUCGGCAACACGAUCACGCGUGCACCGUUUACCUUGAGUGUAGUGUAGGCAAGUGGAGAGGGCUGUUGUUCUUCAAUCACUGCACAUUGCCAGGAUGGCAGCCAGUUUCCAGGGAGACGGAAAAACCAGAGGCUUUCAGUGCUCUCACCCGCAGCAAUAUCCAAGGAUUUUCAGAAAGAUCCUUGUGGUGCUAACCCUACCUCACUGCACAGGCGCUCUGUGUGCAGAAGCACGGGUAGACGUUCUCCGCGAUCGCAGAUAAACUACCCCAGGAACGCAAGGCAGGAGCAGCCAGGCUUUACCCCACAAAUGGACUGACUUCACUCUCAGCGCUGAGCUUUUGUGGAGGUAACUGUACAUCUGGAAAGAUACCCAUUCUCCCCACCCCCAACCCCCCCCCCCCUUUCCUCCAAAGGGCUGAGGUGUGAAAUUUUGGCACCUUGAAUACCAGAAGGGCAGACAUUUUGUGGGGAUUUGGGUGGGGAGAUGAUGGAAGGUCCCACUAUAACCGCGAGUGGACCGAGUCUCGAUCGGCACUGCAAUCAAGUACCGGAGGGAGCAGGGAUGCGUGAGGUGAACUCCAACAGUGAACGGUCUCAACCUGCCCCAGGUGAGGGCAGUGAAACCAGGCCCCCACCGUCAAGGGCAGUGGGUGACACAUUCAGCGAUGGGGUUACCCAGCCCUCUAAGCAUGCAGAACAACCCAGCGGAGAUGUGAACAAAGAAAAAGCCUUAGAACAUUUCACCACAGAGGACAGCGUGCAGCAGGCCAAUCCUGCUUUUCCAGUGACCGGCGACACACCCAGCGAGCUCUCGAAGGUUCCCGCACGCAACGAUCAGGGACACAGCAAUACACAGCAGACAUUUGGGAGGAGCAUGACCGUGGUCAACCAGGAACCAACCAUACUGGUGACCAACCACGACUCCACCAGUCAAGAGUCAGACGAGGGAGAGACUCCAUUGCAGAGCCAUUCCUCUGAGUCCGAGGAGAGGAAGGAGGAUGACACAGGGCCCGCCAAACCUGACCAUGAAGCGGAAUGUUCUGGAGACACGCUCGGCUCAAGCGUGGGAAAAACAGUGGCCGAGGAGAAGAAGGAAGGGACAGAGGAUGUGCAGCCAGGCAUUGUAGAGAAUCAUGCCAACAAGCCAAGGGAAAAGGUAACAGGAGUCUGUGGCUUGACCAGACUGUCCUACAAUGCACCUGCAGCGGAAGUAGGGGUGGGAACAGUGGGUAUGCCAUCGCCCCUGCUCUCCCCUGCCCCUCCUCCACCCCCCCACCACCAUCACAUGCAGACACAGUCCAGCCUGGAGGCCCCAUCCUGCCACUCAGUAGCCACCAGCCCCAUGACCCCACCUCAGGGCUCUGGAGACUACUUCUUCCCCUACUCUUUCCAGAAGGCAGGGCUCAACACCGGCGAGGUGUCCCAGCCUCUCUACCGAUCCGUCGCCACGGCUCCCAUGAGCCCCCUCACCCCCGCCAUCACAGUCCCAGAAUCCCCCUGUCCUGAGAUCAAGGUCACGAGUGCGGAGACUGUGAGCAGCCAGCAAGGGUUACUGCACGAGGCACAUGGGGGUGUGGGGGGAGACAGGUUCGACAAGGGGCCCAAACAACCAGCGGAAUCAAACAAGACCACUGAGAAUGUGCCCUCAGAGGUGCCCUCAGCCAUGACCUUGAGCUCAUCCGGCCCCGCUCCAGGACAGGAAACCGCAGACGGAACGAGGGACCAGUGUGUCGAGAGUGACGUUAAUGUGGGCACUGGGCAACCAGGCCCUUCACUGACAAAUCACGGGGCCAUCUGCUCAGUCACUACACAGGGAGGCUCCAGAGAAAGAGGAUCAGCACCAACAGAAAUGAAGCUUGAUAGAAAUGACUCUGAGGGUGUAUGGAACCAGCGUAGUGGCAGGGGACACUAUGACCUGGGAGAGGCCAGGCAGCUCACUGUAGAGGACUUCACCUUUGAUGAAGGACAGUCCCAAAACGCAGCUGCAGAGAAAACAGUCAGCCUGCCAUCGCCCCUGCUCUCCCCUGCCCCUCCUCCACCCCCCCACCACCAUCACAUGCAGACACAGUCCAGCCUGGAGGCCCCAUCCUGCCACUCAGUUGCCACCAGCCCCAUGACUCCACCUCAGGGCUCAGGAGACUACUUCUUCCCCUACUCCUUCCGGAAAGCGGGGCUCGACCCUGGCGAGCAGCCCCAGCCCCUGUACCGUUCCGUCGCCACGGCUCCCAUGAGCCCCCUCACCCCCACCGUCAAAGUCCCAGAACCCCCCUGUCCUGAGAUCCAGGUGGUGGAUGUGAAAGGGGCGGCAGAGCAGGCGGAUGUAGAGGGAGCGGACAGGGCCACGGAGCAGGGGACGGUGAAGGCAAGCGAUGCCCAGCAGGAGGUGGUGCAGCAGGUCCGCUGGGAUGAGAAAGGCAUGACCUGGGAGGUGUACGGGGCUGCAGUGGAGGUGGAGGUGCUGGGCACAGCCAUCCAGAAACACCUGGAGAAGCAGGGGGAGGAGCCAGGAAAAUCGCCCAUUUCCCCUCCCGAUUCUCCACCCCAUUCCUCGCCUCCACCUCCGCCCUUAGAGCCACCUCCCUCCCCUUCACCUCCUGCCUCUCCACCUCCUCCUCCUCCGGACUCACCUCCUGCCUCCUCGCCUCCUCCUCCUCCUCGUUCACCUCCUGAGCCUGUCUCUGCGCCCAGCGGCGAUGGCGGAGAAGUAGAAGGAGUAGAAGGAGGGGCCACGGCCAGCGAGGUGCUCGUGGCAGGCGAGGUAGACGUGACCACUGAGGCGGUCAAGGACGUUGAGCAGGGUGCGGCCAGUGAGGCGGGUGUGUGCGGGGACAAGGACGUGGAGGAAGAGGUGGCCGUGGUGGAGGAGGUGGGCGAGGCCGAAGACGAGGAAGUGGUCGCUGAGACUAGCAUCGGUGAGGCGGACGUGGGCGGGCAGGAGCAGGAGGAGAAGAAGACGAGGCGUCGACGCAACCCGUUCAGAGCCAUGUUCAGGAGCAUCCGCCGCCCACGGUGCUGCUCCAGAUCUCACGCCAUUGACUGACAGUCUCGCUUCCCAGCAACAGUGGGCCAUCACUAAUGUCACCAGGCUCAUUCCCAGCAAUCGCACAUCCCAGCUAGCACACGGCUGUGUACGCAGUGCAGAACUGUGCAGUGCUGGAGAGCAUUUACAUGUCUUUGUGUAGACUGUAAUUCUGCAGAUUCCCUAAAGCUCCGACGUUAGAACAGUAUAUUUUUCUAGCACUGUAUUUAAAAAGGUCAGUGAACUGCAGUAGCCGAGAGUGCAAUAUCCUGUUGCUAUGAUUGAUCACGUCUUUUUUUGUGAUUAGGAUAGGAAGAUUUCAUUUGAAUUGUUUUGAAUUAUUCAAGGAUUUGUGUAUAAGUGAAUUGGGGGGGGCGAUUAGUGCUGGCAGGGAAACUCUUGAGGGAAUGUGUUUUCUUUGAUCUUCUUCUGGAAACUGGAGAUGGUUAAAUUGUUAUAUUUUGGACAGUUCUGAUUUUGUAAAUUCUAUAUAGAUUUAGCAUUGCUUGAGUCUGAGAAACAUUUGUUCAUGUGGUUUUUAUUAUCAGAUUUAUUAGACUACCAUUAAACAGAAUUAGUUUAUCAGAAUUAGUCAGUUUAUCUAUUCUCAUAAAAGCUUUUGUGUAUUAUUAUUAUUAUUAUUAUUAUUAUUAUUAUUAUUAUUAUUGCUUUUGUAUCUUCAUAAAGCAUGCGAUAAAGAUCCUCAUAGAAAAGCUCCUACUUCUUAAUUAUAAAAACAGCAGUAAUUUAUUAGCAUUUUUUUCCACUUUUUCAUUACUGUUGUAUCUGAAUUUUAUUAGUGGCAUUUGGAUAUUGUUUUAAAAUGUGAAGUCUGACCUGUUAUUCAGUGUACAAUAAUAAAUCAUCACAAAAUGAAA